GAUGAAAUAUCGACGGAGUGUCAUCUCUCUAAACUCAGUGAGUCUGUCGACAAGUCGUGUGGUGGUAGUGGUGAAAACUUAUAAGUUUUAACAAAUGCAUUUAAAAUAUCGUUAAAAGAAUAUAAAUUAUCACAAUUUGUGAUAAAAACUCUUCGAAUAAGACUCUAUCACAGUGUACGCGUGUGCAAAGUAACAAAUAAGAAAUUUACAAAAAAGGUAAAUCGACGUCGACGACAACUGAAUACCUAAAAGCAACAGAGCAACAGAGCAACAACAACGAAUCAGCGGCACGCAGAAUAAAGAAACAAGGAAACAUUUGCACAGCAACCAACAACCAGCAACCAACAAGCGACAGCAACAGCAACAGAAACUGCAGAGCUCCGACAAGAAAAACCACUUCAACGAAAGAGGAUAACAUAUUGAAAGAGCUCUGCACACUCGCAUUCGCACACACACAUAUAUACGCAGGCUCACAAACACAAUCGACAACGGAGCUGCCAACUAACACGUAUAUGUACGUGGGAAAGUAAACCGACAUCUUUUUACGACAUCGUCUCGAAGUCGUCGUAUAGUUUUGCAAUCAGGCGAGAGAGCGAGCGAGCAAGUUUGAACUCAGUUUGGACAGACAAGCAGACAAGCAGGGCCAGGGCCAGCCCUUUGAUAACGCAAGCAACACACGAAUACACGCACACACACACACACUUACGCCCACAGAGAGAGCAAAGUCAAGCGAUCAACGAAAAGAGCGAGCUCAGCUGGGCACAGGGAGAGAAAGAGAGAGAGAGAGCAAGUGGGAGCACUAAAGGUGAGAGAGUCUGGUUGGCGUCGAGACUUCGUUGUAGCUGUUGCUGUUCGGUGUUUCCUAACAACCGUUAAUACACAGUCGGACGCAUAGCGAAUUUGGAAAUCACGACAGUGGCAUCGCAUUCGUGAAAGUGCGUCGUAGCUGUGCGUGUGCGUGAGCGUAAGCGAAGAGAGUGUUGUUCAAAUUGAAUGCGAGUUAUUUGAGUGCAUUUACGAAACAACCAGUGUUGCCACAUCGCAUGCAGCAACUUAGGCACAUGCAAACGAGUUGUAUUAAUAACUAGAAAAAGAAUCAGAGAGAGCGAAAGCGAGGAAACACACAUACUUUAAACACCAAGCACUCCAGACUCCAAAUGAAAACGCUAGUGCUCAGUCCAGACGAUCUGCAGAACUUUAACAAGUUCAUCUACGAUCCAAAGUCGGCGGCCCAGCUGGCCGCUAGUGCAGGCGCCAUUGCAGCAGCUGCCCAUGGACAUGGGCAUGGACAUGGACAAGGAGGCGUGCAGCUGGUGGCGGGUGGAACCACAGUGCCCGUCUCAACAACAGUGGGCACCGUGUGCGGUGCGGGUACUGGCACAGUGAACAACAGCACCAAUAAGAUAAUGGCCCUCCACUACUAUCUGAACCAUCAGGGCAACUAUGUGGGUGUGGGCACCCAGCCAGCGAUUAGCCAGCCGGCCAGCAACAGUGCAGCGGCUGUACAUGCACAGCAGCAACAUCAGCAGCAACAAUUGUUGGCCCAGUCGCAGACACAGUUAAAGCAGUUGCAGCUGAAGCAGCCAACAAUUCACCAGCACCAGCAGCACAUUAGUUACCACCAUCAUCACCCAUACUACCAGCAGCAGACACAGCAACAGACGCAGUUGAGCCACAGCCAUCCAGCCAGCACACAUCAUGCCCAGCACAAGGCGCAGGUGCAGGUGCAAACAAACAGCAGCCAACAUCAACAACAACAACACCAACAGCAGCAGCAACAAAGCCAACUGCCUGUGCAUGCCUUGAAUCAGAAUUCGAAUUUCUCGGCGGCCAGUUCCAGCACGGGAGGAGGCACUGCCUCCAGCCAUGCGCCUACGCAACAGUCAAACGGCUCGAGCGUUUCACCCACAAUCAUCAGUCAUCAACCUCGCGCCGUCGUUGCUGGUGGCAGCAAUAGCAACAUAGCAGCUGCUGCAAAUGCUCUGCUGCGUGCGACAGCAGUGGCAAAUGGUCCAGCGUCGUCAACGUCACUAUCGUCGUCGUCAUCGUCAUCAGCGUCGUCAUCCUCGUCCACGUCGUCCGCCUCAUCAACAUCCACAUCCACAUCCGGCUCUGCCAACUGUGCCAAGAAACUGAAAACUGAGCCGCUGCUCUCGCAAUACAAUCAAACGGAACGCCUCAACUUUGCCAACACGUACAUUGUGUGGAGUGAGGAGCAUUGGCGCCGAGUCAUCUUCCACGACGAGCGUCGCUUCAACUUGGACGGCCCGGACGGUUUCUCCUAUUACUUUCACGAUCUACGCAAUUACGAGCGCAAACUGUCGCAGAGACCGCGCGGCAACUCAGUCUACAUCUACCUGAUGAUAUGUGUGGGCGGGCCCAUUCACCUGGAGGUGUCAUCUGCCAAGCAACGGCCCGAAUCCUGCAUUGAAGCGAUCAUGCGAGAGCGUCCAAACAUUGUCAGCAAACUGGGCGGCAACACGGAGUUCGUUCUCCAGGAUCACAACUGGAUGUCGCACGCCCUGCCCACCGCCCAGGAGCUGCUCAAUGUCGAGGGCUUUAAGACGCAAAAGUGGCCAACGAUCGCCCACGAUUUGAAUAUCAUGGAGAACAUUUGGGGCUGGCUAAUCCGCGAGGUGUUCGAUGGCGGGCGAAAGUUUUCGCGCAAAGACGACUUGAUCUUCCGCAUCAAGGAGGCGUGGUCUCGCUUACCCCACGAUCUGAUCACCAACCUGUACAGCACGCUCCCCGAACGCAUCACCGAGCUGUAUUACACUCAAGGCGUCUACACGAAUUGUUGACAACCGACGCUGCAAAGCGCUGGAUGUGAUGAGUGUAACGAUGAUGAGGAUAAUAAUGAUGCUGGGAGUGGGCAGGGACAGGGAAAGGAACACGUGACAGUGGCACAUGACAGAGGCACCUCCCUCAUAUGGCAGCUGCUUACACGCAUCACGUUCUAAGUGGCCCGUUCACAUGAUGAUCCUAGAAACGGCAAGUGGACGGGGACGAGGACGACGACGUUGGCGAUCGUAAAAUCUUUUCGUACAUUUAACUUGACAUUUUUUUGUGUAUAGCUUUAAGACGUGUGCGUGCAACUCUGCAGACGGGAGCAACCGAAUCUGAAUCAAUAUCUGUAUCUGUAUCUGCUGCUGUCCGCAUUCGAUUAUGUUUAGUUAUGUAUUAAUAUAUAUGCGAGAUUCCCGCACGCCACGUGUGCCAACACUGGCAAUUCCAUGGGGACAUCCUUAUGUUGUUGUUUCAGUGUUGUCAUGCCGCUUUGUAAUUAGUGUUUUUAUGCAACUGCAGUAAUCCCCUAGUUCCUCCUCCCUCACACACAUCCCUAUCCUCGCCCCUACUUAGUUGUAAGAUCUACUUUUAGUUGUCCUUUUAAAAUAGCUCCAAAACUUCCCCCCAUCCAAUAUCGAUGUGUCCCCGAGAAACUAGUUACAAAAAAUUAUAUUAUUUGAACUUAACUCAUUUUGUUGAUUGUUUUUAGUUAUGCAAAAGAUGAAAAUAGAAAAGUGCGAACAAAAUUAAUGCAAAGCGAGAAAAAUAAACUUGUAACUAAAGUAUUAUUUUAAGGCAUAGUUUUUUGUUGUAGCAAAAUACUUACACAAAACAAUACAGAAAAAAACAAAAGAAAAUUAAACUAAAAUUCUAUCAUGUAAAAUUGUUUACGAACAGAAAUUAUAUUUAAACUAAUUAUCAAUGUAAUUAAUACAUACCUAUUAAAAUUGAACGAUACAAGAAAAUAGGAAGAUGAAAGAGAGUGCGAGAGCGAAAAAAAAGUGUUAAUUUAGGAUCAAAAUCAACUAGUUUGGUAACUCUGAAGAGAAAUAAAACAAAAGAACAACAAGUACUUGUGAACUUUGAUAUCAUGCUGAAUACAUUAAAAACGCAAUUCAUUCAUUUGACCAUCCGACCAGUGGAACAAGCAGUUCCAAUUCUGGCACCUGAUCAUACAGAUCAUCCUCCCUGCCAUUAAAAAAAAGAUAAUUGACGACUUGAGCACUCGAAAAAGUGUCCUAGUGAUGUUAACCUAGUCGGUUAAUAAAAGGAUUGAGUACAUAUAUACUGUGUGUGUUUGUGUGUGUAUAUAUGGUGUUUGCAUACAUACACAUAAAUAGACAUAUAUAUAAAUAUAAAGUACACAUAAAAAUAUAAACUUACAAACUUAGCAUACGACGAACUGAACAAACAAACAAAAUUGCAGGCAUCUAAUCUUUAAACAUAGAACACAAAA